CCCGCAGAUCGGUCCCUCCCGAGGGCCGCGGCCUUAACUCCCGCGCAGGCGCAGAGGGCGAAGCAAGAUGGCGGCGCCCGUGGAUCUGGAAUUGAAGAAGGCCUUCGCCGAACUACAAGCCAAAGUUAUUGACACUCAGCAGAAGGCGAAGCUUGCAGAUAUUCAGAUAGAGCAACUGAACAGAUCCAAAAAGCAUGCACAUCUUACGGACACCGAAAUCAUGACACUCGUUGAUGAGACUCACAUGUAUGAAGGCGUAGGAAGAAUGUUCAUCCUUCAAUCCAAGGAGGUCAUUCACAACCAACUGUUAGAGAAACAGAAAAUAGCAGAGGAGAAGAUUAAGGAGCUGGAACAGAGGAAGUCAUACCUGGAACGAAGCGUGAAGGACGCCGAGGACAACAUCCGGGAGAUGCUGCUGGCUCGGAGGGCCCAGUAGGCGGAGGUCAGCCGGCCCCCUCCCCAUCCCCGCCCCCCGUCCCGCCCCCCCGCCGCCGGCUGGCCGUGAGGGGCGACACCGGGAGCACCGGCCCGGCGGAGCAGCAGGCACCGGACGGGCGGGCGGGACCAGCCGCAGAAGCCGGCCGCCUCCGGGCUUCCCCGUGGGGGGCUCGGGCGGCCCCGCCGCCUCUGGUACCAGGCCAUGGGGGGCAAAGCGGUGUCCCGCUCACCCUCGCCCCCCGGGGUAGUCCUCGCACUAUGGACGUUUCGGGGUACGUUGUGGGCCCCCCCCCGAGUGACUCCUGGCUGGCAGCCGGGCCUGCCGUGGUUGGGGGAAAGGGAGGAGGGAGCCCUGGACCUAAAAGCUCAACUGUUACUACUUCGGGGGCGCUAAUAAAAGGUGCCCAUCCCAUCCUGCUAAA